AAAACAUAAUAAAUAAAUAGAUAUUAGAAAGAAAGAAAAAAGUUUAUUUUAAAAUUUAUCUGCUUUCUAAGCGACAAGAAAAAAGUGACCGUGUCACAUACGCCAGUCUUGUGUAAAACCUGGCUCAGUUUCGGAAAGCAUGCAAACUGAUUUCCUAUCAUCAUGAGAAGAAGAAUGGAUCCCGAAAUCCGCAAAAGCCUGGAAGGUUUAAGUCCGGUAACAAAUAUUGAAUUGGAUGGAAAAGAAGUUCCUUGUAGAGUUGACGAUUUGAAACAGUUAUCUGUUCUUGGAAAUGGGAGCUUUGGAGUUGUCUAUGGGAUGGAACAUGGACCAACCAAAAAGAUUAUGGCUGUCAAGAAAAUAAAAUUUGUUACUUCUGACCAAGACAAAAUGAAACGUUUAGUACGAGAUUUGGAGAUUUCAAAGAAAGUUAAUAGUGAAUAUACUGUGAAAUGUUUGGGAACACUCUUUAGUGAGGGAGAUGUCUGGAUACUCAUGGAAAAAAAGGAUCUGUGCUUGGAGCAAUUUUAUCAACAUGUCAAUUCUACUACAAUUCCUGAAGAAUUUUUGGCUAAAACAACUUUAAUUGUUGUAAAAGCUUUGCAAUAUCUGAGAAAAGAAUUAAAAAUAAUGCACAAAGAUGUUAAACCAUCAAACAUAUUACUUGAAAAGAAUGGUGGAGUUUGUGUCUGUGACUUUGGUGUUAGUGGACCUCUUGAUGAUUCAUUUGCCAAAUCAAUGAAUGCUGGAUGUAAAGCUUACAUGGCUCCUGAAUUGAUUGAUCCUGAUCUAUCACCUGUACAAAACGAUGUCCGGUCAGAUGUCUGGAGCUUAGGGAUAACGCUGAUUGAAGUAGGAAAUGGAAAAUAUCCAUACACAAUUACUUCAAAUCCCUUUGAUUUUGUGAAAGAGAUUGUUGAAGGAGAUCCACCGAAAUUAACACCAGGCAAAUACUCGAAGAAUUUUGAGAAGUUUACUGCAUUCUGUUUGACAAAACAGGUUGAAAAUCGACCCAAAUAUGAAGCUCUUCUUGGUCACACAUUUUUACAAAAUGCUGAAAAGGACGACUUCAAUAUGAGUGAAUAUUUAUCACCACUUAUUGAACAGUACCUAUUGAAGACAUAGCAUAUACAUCCACAUUUUUUAAGAUUACUGCCAAGAGUAUUAUCUAGAUUAUCAAAUGCAAAAUGGUGAUGUUCCUGGAUAUAUCCAACAUUACUCUGACUUUCCUUUGACUUUCUUCCACCGUAAAUAUUUCUGUUUGAUAGACACAUGAUGAGAAAUGACACUAAUACAUACAAAUGAUAAAAGUUC